GGUUAGGUUGCCAAGCAAUUCCAUGCGUUUCAUCUGCUGAAUCAUCAGUUGGGAUCCGGAGGGUGAUCGGUGUGCGUGGGCAGGACUGCUGUCUGAAUUCAGCAGGCAAAGACGGCUUACGAUGGCCUCCUCGCCACGGCAACAAUGAUAAAAUCUCGAUAGCUGCCUCAUUCCUAGAUACGUGCUGCGCUGCCUGCUUCUCUCUUCGUCCGUCGUGCCCUCUGUAUGAAGCCAGUUUGCGUAUCCCCACAUGGCAAACCCCCCCACCGAGCAGAGGGAGCUCGACCUGGUUGAGAAGGUUGACUUCCGCAUUCUUGGUGUUUCCAACAAUGAGGAGAAGCUGCAACAGCUACUCAAGACUUAUCUUCCACCCCUGCUGCUGAAGGCAGGGAGCGAACAUGCCUCUGUCCGCAACAAGAUCAUCGGCAUAUGCCAGAGACUGAACAUAUUUAUUAAUCCUCCGGGCGUUGUUCUCCCUGUUGCCGCUUUGCUGGAUCAAUACAAGGCUGCCACCUCUCCUCUCGUCAAGCAUUUUGACCUCGUUUUCAUCCAGCAUAGUGUCGGGAGACUGGAGCCAGCCGAAAGGCGGGGCCUGGUUUCCAAAGCCAUCCGUGGCAUCGGCAAUGACCUGGGUACCGGAACUGCUAACCUCUUCAAUGUUCUGCUCCGCCUUCUCCCAGACCUACGCAUCCCCCCCAGGGGAGACAAAGAAGAUGCCACCUUCCGGGAGGACCUGGGCCUCGGAGACGAGAAGGAUGCUAGAUUUGUCGCAGGGUGGCUUGGUAAACUGCUGCUCCUCCGCCCGGCUUCCGCGCGGCCAGAGAUGUCUCCUGGCUUGAACGAGGCGGAUAUCUCUUUCCUUACCCUUUCGAAGCCCGACACGUGGAAUCCGGCAAAUGGAGGACUGAGCUUGCCGGAGAUACGCAUCAAAGCUGUCAACUUGCUUGCGAGUGCCGCGUUUACGGACAAGGAACGCUUCAUCCCCGCACUGUAUGCAUCGGCGCAUUCCGACUCUCGCGUUGCGAGCAUUGGGGACGACAUGUUGAAGCGGACCACUGUUUCUUUGGAAGAUGCAGAUUUGGUGAAGAGCCUGUUCGAGGCACAUUCCACGCUUCCGGCCCCCUACAGGAUCCGUAUCCUAGGCCUGUUGAGCAAAUCCCAGGUUGCGAGCACGUUCGGAAAAGAAAUCAUCGACCUCUUCCAUCAAAACGUUGUCCAAACUCCUGAGCUCGAGUCUCAGCUAGCUGCUGCCGGCCGGGCAAGCAUUGGGCUUGAGGCAACCAAGAUCCACAAGGCACUUUUCGAGUUCAUUAACUGGGUGGCCCGGGUGGGGUCCAAGAAGGAAGGGUUCAGUGCAACCGGGCGGUCACUCAUCGACUUGCUUAGGGACUUCAUCAUCAGCCAAGGGUGGCCAAAGCCUUUGAGGCAGUCCACCGACGAUGUCGCGCGACGUUCGCAGGCAUACGAAACCAUCGGGACCCUCGCAAAGGGCAUCUCCAUGCCCGCCCCUGCCGCACUCUCUCUGCUUGGGUGGCUGUUUCGGUCACUGGUCGGGGAUCCCGUUCCCGACGUUGUGGUCAACAUCGAUGGAGCUCUGUCUGGGUUUACGUCCGUCUUUGAGCUUCCACUCACCGAUACCGUCAGGAACAGCUUGACUGCGAUCCUUCUCACCUACAUGACAAUGGAUAUCGAGGGUGACGCAGUUCGCAGCGCCAGGCAUGCCGCAACCAAGUGGGCAAACGCCGUUCUUCCAUUCUCAGAUGUUUAUGCAAGGUGGAUUGACGUCCUCGCAGUCGCGGGUCGCCGCGAUGAACGCAACGAGGUGGUGGAGGAAGGCCAGAAAGGUCUCGACCCCUGGACCUAUUACGUGGACAGCGACAGGUCUCGGACCUUGCCGGCCUGGAACGUCAUGGCCCAGAAGUUCUUUCGGGAGCCGAUCUCAUAUGUGAAUUCCGCGGAGUGGGCGACCGGGGGCAGUAUGGAUGUUGAUGGGCUUUCAGUCUUCAUCAACUUCCCUGGCGAGGCAUUUCUCGCCUUCCCCGUAGCAGUGGAUUACUGCAAGCGCAUCCUGUUCUUAACGGCCUUGAAAGACUUCAAGUUUGAGCCAGGCUGGGAGAGGCAGCUGGAAGCCCUUGUCCAGUUGGACAAGAAGACUAGAGAGACCAUCCGGAACUACCUAGCUUCGGACGAAGCCCAAGGAGAAGAGCUCCUUUACCUCCUAGCGGCUGCCUUCGAGGGGAUGAUCAAGGAAGAUACCAGCAUUGUCGAAAAAUGCGCCCGAACAUUCGUUGAACUGGCCUCAUUUGCUCCAAUGGCUACCCUGGCCAAUCUCGCGCCACGAUCGAGAGAGCUCUUACCAUUGGUAAAGUCAAACAAGAGGGAGAUCCGCGCACUGGGCGCCAAGGCAUACGGAAUUCUUGCUGCUCACCCCGCCAAUUCGACCGAGCAGUCGAAAACGUCUCUCCUCGAAACUACCAAGGACCUGAAGACCGCAAUCGGAUCCGAGCUCAAUGCCGUUGAGGGAGCAUUUGUCGCCUUGGCCCAUCUUCUCUCCAGACUAGUCUACUAUUCGAUAUCGACUGCCUCGGCGAUUGACGGUUACCUUGGACAAUCAUUCCCAACGCUCCAAGAUGUGUCUUCCGCUACCGUGUCCGUCCAAGAAGCUGUCUUCGAAGCCUUUUCUCAGCUUUGGACUGCUGGCAUCCCUGGGUUUGCGAUACCAGAGCACGAGGAUGGGAUUCCCCUCGUCCAGCGAGAAUUUAUCGAACCUCUUACUACUUGGGCAAAGAAGGGCAACGAAAAGGCAAUCACGGCCCUCGGCAGGCUCGCCAUGGCAUACCCAGACGAUGCGGCGGGGAACCAGAAAGUCGAUGUUAUCGAUCUCAUCCUGAAGAAGUUGUACGAGCUGCACGAGAUCAAACAAGCUGAGAUCCACUUUGCCGUCGGAGAAGCCAUUACAGCGGCCGUUGCCCGCUGGGAUGCUGAGGUCGUCCAGCUUACCUUGGAUGUCCAGUCAACUGAUACGAGCUACCGGCUUCCGAAGCGAUCGGCGAGAAUUAGCCAGGUUCUUGAGAAGAUUCUUACGGAUUGCAAAUCGACGAAGCCGUCGCUUCUGAAGGCAUCGGGGAUCUGGCUUUUCUGCAUCAUUCAGCACUGCUCGCAUCUGGAAGAGGUGCAGCAGAGGCUGAGGGAAUGCCAGGUUGCCUUCAUGAGGCUACUCAGCGCCAGAGACGAACUGGUCCAAGAGACUGCCUCCAGGGGUCUCGCACUCGUGUACGACAAAGGCGACCCUUCGCUCAGGGAUAGCCUGGUGCGAGAUCUUGUGGCAUCGUUUACUGGUUCCGGCCCACAGCUCAAGGUUGACGAUGAAACGGAGCUCUUCGCGGCCGGCGCCCUUCCAACCGGAGGGGGCAAGUCCAUCACCUCAUACAAAGACAUUGUCAGCCUCGCGAACGAAGUGGGCGACCAGAGCUUGGUCUACAAGUUCAUGUCUCUCGCAAACAAUGCCGCCACUUGGUCCACUCGAUCUGCCUUUGGGCGAUUUGGCCUGAGUAGCAUCCUCUCCGAAUCGGAGAUUGACCCAAAGCUGUACCCCAAACUCUUCCGUUACCGCUUCGAUCCGAACCAGGCCGUGCAAAAAUCCAUGGAUGACAUCUGGAAGGCACUCGUCAAGGACUCUAAUGCGGUCCUGGAGACUCACUUUGAUGCAAUCAUGAAGGACCUACUGAAGAGCAUCCUGGGCAAGGAAUGGAGAGUUAGGGAGGCUAGCUGCGCAGCAAUCUCCGACUUGAUCCAAGGGAGGCCGUUCCAAAAGUACGAGAUGUACUAUAAAGAUAUCUGGACGGCGGCUCUGAAGGUGCUAGAUGAUGUCAAGUCGACAGUUCGCGCAGCUGCUUUGCGUCUCUGCGUUGCGCUUUCCAACACCCUUGUGCGGCAACUGGAAGAAUCGAGCUCUACUGCAUCCGCCACGGCGAUGAUGAACGAGGCGCUGCCUUUCUUGCUCUCCGACAAGGGCAUUGAGAGCGGGGUCGAGGAUGUCAAGCUCUUUGCCACCAUCACCAUUAUGAAGAUAUCGAAGAGUGGAGGCAAGUCCUUGAAGCCAUACAUUGCUACUAUGAUACCACACCUUCUCGGGCUACUCAGCACCAUCGAACCGGAUGCCAUCAACUACCAUUACCUCCGCGCCGGCGAAGACAGCCGCGAGAAGAUCGACAAGCUGCGAAGCGCAAUGGUGUCGCAGAGCCCCAUAUCCGAAGCUAUCGAGAACUGCCUCCGCAGCGUUGACCGCGACGUAUUAGUCGAUCUUGCGCCAGGGCUGGAGGGCACCAUCAAAUCGGCCGUUGGGAUGCCCACAAAGAUCGGCUGCGGCCGUGUCCUGGGCACGCUGGCGACGAGGCACGGGAGGGACUUCCAGCCCUACGCCGCGCGGUUCCUGCAACUGGUGGAGAAGCAAGCUCUCGAUCGCAACGACGAAGUCAGCCAGGGAUAUGCUCGUGCUGCGGCUUAUAUCGUCCGCGUGGUCCCCGACGAAGCGGGAAUCCGCUUUGCGGAGCAGCUCAUCAACUUAUAUCUCAAAUCGGAGGACGAGGGUCGCCGCCAGAAGGUCGCCGACGCUGUACUCGCACUCUCCAAGAUCUCGCCAGACCAUUUCAACGCGUUGGAGGGCUUGCUCUUGCCGUUUGCUUUCCUGGCCAAGCAUGACACGGACGACUAUGUGCAGAAAGAGUCGGAAGAGGUGUGGAACAAACAUGCAGGCAGUAGUCUUACCGUGACGAGAUAUAUCCCCGAAAUCGUGAGCCUCGUCCAGAGGAGUCUGGAUACCGCACAGUGGGCGCUGAAGCAUGCCGGCGCCCUUACCACAGCGUCGCUGGUCGCCUCCGUGACCGGGGCCAGCGACCUCAGCGGGCAAGUCAACGUCGAACAUCUCAAGGCCAUCUGGCCCGUGUUCGACAAGUCCCUCGUUCUCAAAACGUUCCCCGACAAGCACAAGCUGCUCGACGCCUUCCCAGACUUUGUCAGCAAGGGCAAGGCGAUGUGGGCGGACAACACGCAGUUCGGCGACCAGCUCAAGAAGAUCGCCAUCCGCGAGGCGAAGCGCAACAACGACGAGUACCGGCCCCACGCGUUCAAAUGUCUGUGGAGGUUUGCCGCCGCGCGAGAGGAUCUGCACAUGCUUGAGGAUAUCUACUCCAUCGUGGGUCCUUAUCUUGAGGAAGCUAAAGACGAAGAGGCCAUGGAUGUCGACAAGCCGGGCCAGGGGACCAGCGCGGGCGGCAUGGAUCUGCAGAGCAAGACGGCCUGGGCGGCAAUCCAAGCCAUCGCCAAGGGCUACAACCGCGGCGAUAUGCGUGACGGCCCGUUCGCGGAGCUCGAGAAGAUCGUGGCGACUCUCGAGCAGAAGGCACUGUCGGAUGCCACCAUCGCCAGCCCCUUGCUCUCGAAGCCGCGGUUCGACGACGUCCGCCGCGUCUUCUGGUAUGGCUGUGUGGCGAACCUCAUGGACGAGGCUGCGAAGUGCGAGAAGCCUAGCGUUGUGAGGCUGCCGGUCUUGAGGUGGUUCUUCGCGACGCUGGAUCUGGACAAGACGGACCACGGGACGGAGGAGCAGAGACUUGCUAGGACAAAGGCUGUUACAGCCGUGGUGCAGCUCUGGAAGAAGCAGGGCAAGUUGAAUGGCACAUCUAUGGGUGAUGGCGAGGGCCAGGCGCUUGUGGAUGAGCUGAAAGGCGGGAUAGAAAGCGCUGGGAAGGUCGAGAGAUCGUUGGACGUUCAGGAGAAGUGGCGAUCGUGUCUCGGGCUCUUAUAGCCAGGAACAAAUUAGGUGUUGAGAUAGAUAGAUGACUCGGUAGAUGA